GGAGAAAAGAAACCGAGAGAGAGUGAUAGAGAGAGAGAAUGGAUAAUGGAGGGAGCGUGUUGUCGCUCUCUGCUCCACACUUUCUUUACUCCGCCACCAUCCUCCGUCGUCACUCUCCGGCGGCGGUAACCGUCUCCUACUCCCUUAAACCGCAGCCACCACAACCUCCGCCAGAACCUCCCGAGAGUCCAGACCUUCGCCGGCCGGAGAAAUCUCUCGGUUCCUCUCCUUCUUCCUCUUCCUCUUCCUCUUCUCCUAAUAAGCCUAAAGCCCCUCUUAAGAACCCUCUCAAGGGUCUAACAAGUCGCUCCUCUGUGUCUCAACCAGAGGCGGCGAGUAAAGUCUCUUCCUUUGGCUCCGCUUUAGCAUCCAAACUUCGUUUGUCCAGCAAACUAUCUCCUCCUCCACCCCCACCUCCACCAGUACUGGAGGAAACUCAAUUCCGAGACGACUCCUCAUCUCGGAGAGACACGAGCCCCCAGGUAGAGGAAACUCGUGAAUUCCGACAAGAAGGGAAGAUAUUUGUCGGAAAUCUACCGACUUGGAUCAAAAAACCGGAGCUUGAAGAGUUUUUCCGACAGUUCGGUCCUAUAGAGACCACCAUCCUGAUCAAAGGGCACCGCGAGGUCGAGAAGAACGCCGGGUUCGGGUUCGUCAUCUACGCGGCGGAGAAGUCCGCGAUGAAGGCGGUCGAGUUCGACGGCGUCGAGUUUCACGGCAGAGUGUUGACGGUGAAGCUUGACGACGGGAAGAGGCUGAAGACGAAGGCUGAGCAGAGGGUGAGAUGGGUGGAGCAGGAAGGAGAAGAAGGAGAAGACGCAAAGAUGUCGAGUAAGUCGUCGUGGCAUCAGGAGAGAGAAGGGUCUCGGAAGACGCUACAGAGGAUACUCGAUAGCGAUGGAGAUAACUGGCAAGCUGUUGUUUCGGCUUUCGAGAAGAUCAACAAGCCAUCUAGGACAGAGUUUGGUUUGAUGGUGAAGUACUAUGGAAGAAGAGGGGAUGUGCAUCGAGCACGUGAGACUUUUGAGAGGAUGCGCGCGAGGGGUAUCACGCCAACGUCACGUAUAUACACUAGCCUUAUUCACGCUUAUGCAGUUGGUAGAGACAUGGAAGAAGCAUUGUCUUGUGUUCGUAAGAUGAAAGAAGAAGGUAUUGAGAUGAGUUUGGUUACUUAUAGCGUUAUAGUUGGAGGCUUCUCUAAAGCAGGAAACGCCGAAGCUGCAGAUCAGUGGUUUGAUGAGGCCAAAAGGAUACACAAAUCACUUAACGCCAGUAUAUAUGGGAAGAUCAUAUACGCACACUGCCAGACUUGCAACAUGGAACGAGCAGAGGCAUUGGUUAGGGAGAUGGAAGAAGAAGGUAUUGACGCUCCUAUUGCUAUCUACCACACCAUGAUGGAUGGCUACACCAUGGUCGCCGAUGAGAAGAAAUGUUUAAUUGUUUUCAAAAGACUCAAGGAAUGUGGAUUUACUCCAACAGUUGUCACUUAUGGCUGCCUCAUUAAUCUUUAUACUAAGGUUGGGAAGAUUCCAAAAGCUUUGGAAGUCAGCAGAAGGAUGAAGGAAGAGAGGAUAAAGCACAACUUAAAGACCUAUUCGAUGAUGAUCAAUGGAUUCGUCAAACUAAAAGACUGGGCCAACGCCUUUGCUGUAUUCGAAGACAUGGUCAACGACGGCAUGAAACCAGACGUUAUACUGUACAACAACAUCAUCGCAGCCUUCUGCGGGAUGGGCAACAUGGAGCGAGCCAUCCAGACCGUGAAGGAAAUGCAGAAGCUGAGGCACAGACCGACCACGAGGACGUUCAUGCCUAUCAUACACGGAUACGCCAAGUCCGGCGACAUGAGGAGAUCUCUAGAAGUUUUCGAUACGAUGAGGAGAUGCGGAUGCGUUCCAACGGUCCACACUUUCAACGCUUUGAUUAACGGCUUGGUUGAGAAACGUCAGAUGGAGAAGGCGGUUGAGAUACUAGAUGAGAUGACGUUGGCUGGUGUGAGUGCGAACGAGCACACUUACACGAAGAUCAUGCAAGGGUAUGCAUCGGUUGGUGAUACAGGGAAAGCGUUUGAGUAUUUCACAAGGCUUCAGAACGAAGGGUUGAAGGUUGAUAUCUUCACUUACGAGGCCUUGCUUAAAGCUUGCUGCAAGUCAGGACGGAUGCAGAGCGCAUUAGCUGUUACUAAAGAGAUGAGCACAAGGAAUAUCCCUCGCAACUCCUUUGUCUAUAACAUAUUGAUCGACGGAUGGGCAAGGAGAGGAGAUGUAUGGGAAGCUGCUGAUUUGAUGCAGCAGAUGAAGAAAGAAGGUGUUAAACCAGACAUUCAUACUUACACAUCUUUCAUUAGUGCUUGCUCUAAAGCUGGCGACAUGAAUAGAGCUACACAAACAAUCCAAGAGAUGGAAGCAAUAGGGGUGAAACCAAACGUGAAGACGUACACGACUUUGAUAAAAGGAUGGGCUCGAGCUUCUCUUCCAGAGAAAGCCUUGAGCUGCUACGAGGAGAUGAAAGCGGUGGGGCUAAAACCAGAUAAAGCGGUGUAUCACUGCCUUAUGACAUCGCUUCUGUCUCGUGCUUCGAUGGCAGAAGGCUACAUUUACUCGGGAGUCAUGUCGAUCUGCAAGGAAAUGGUGGAAGCGGGUUUGAUCGUUGAUAUGGGAACUGCGGUUCACUGGUCUAGAUGUCUGUGUAAGAUAGAAGGUUCUGGUGGUGAGCUCACAGAGACAUUGCAGAAGACUUUCCCACCUGAUUGGAGCUCUCAUCAUCAUCAUCACCUUAGCUACUUGGAUCAGGUUUCUGAUUUGGAUUCCGAGGAUGAUGAUAAUGAUGAUGUUGAAGAUAGUGAUGAUGAUGUUAACUUGGUUUCUGGUAUCUUAUCUUCCAAGUAAGAGAAAACGGUCUUGUAAAAGCUGUAACAGAUUAGUAUAGAUCAAGAUCAUCAUUUUUUGUUAUUUUUGUUUUGUUUUUGUUUUGUUUUGUUUUGUUUUUGGUUCUUAUUUCUGCAAAUAAAAAAUGAAACUUGUUGAAAGUGACUAAUCAAAUCACAUGAUUGAUCUC